GACAUUUAACAGGAAGUAAAUAAAGUUCCCGCGCAGAGGAGCCUGUGCAGAGACACUGUCACGUUCACGUUUCGAAGAUGGACGAACUUUAUUUAGAUAAUAUCGACGAAUAUGUCAACGACCACGAUAAGAUCGUGACCUAUAAAUGGCUCAGUCUAACACUUGGAGUCCAUGUCAACACAGCAAAACAAAUGCUCUUCCACUACCUGGAUCACAAGAGGAAGGAGAGUUCAGCUCAGCUUCAUGCCACAUAUCUUGUGUCGGGGAAGUUCGUGGACAACGGCCAAACAAGCCACAAGGUGUCGGUUGUCAGAGAGGACAAACUGGAAGACACUAAAGCCAAGAUGAGCCUGAUCGUCAGUGUCCAUGUCUACAGUGUCCAGAAAGCUCUACUGAAAGACAGCGGCCCCCUCUACAGUGUGGACUAUGAUGCUGUGAAGGACAAUUUCAGCAACUGCAGCAAAUACAGUGCGAUCCACUGCAGCAGUGCAGGGCCCACGUCUUCUCUGGAGAGCAGAGAAAUACAGCGGGCUCCCACACCAGAGCCUGUGGCGAAAAAACCUGGCCUGAACGGAGAGGCUAGUCUGGCUUCAAAACCCUCCACCAAACCGCCAAAGGGCAUCAUGGGAAUGUUUGCAAAUAAAACCACUCCCAAGAACCAGGACAAAGAGGUUAAGUCGGAACAGAUAGAAGAUGCUCCUGCGGUUGUCGCCCCUAAAAGCAAACCAGCCGCCAAAGCAAAUCCAAUGACAAACUUCUUCGGGAAUCAGACAGCAAAGAAACCAGACAAAGCUGUGAAGGAGGAAGAAGCGGCUCAGUCGACCUGCGAAGCCGAGCAGCGACAUCAGAGUUCCCAUCCUGAGGAAAAACAGGUUGCUGCACAGUCGCCGCCAAAAGACUCAAAGAAAGACGCGAAGAAAGACACGAAGAAAGACUCCAGGAGCAAAACCAAGCGAAUUGAGGAUUCUGACAGCGAGGAGGAAAAAAUGGAGAAGAAAAAGAGGCGAAGGAUUAAAAAACCUGAACCCGACAGCAGCGAUGAAGAUGUCAUUCCAGAUUCUCCACAGCCGAUGGAAACAAAAGAACGGUCGCCUAGUCCUAAACAGGAGGUCGAGUGUGUCUCACAUUCACGUCCGAGUCUCCCUGGAAUGAAAAUAAGGAAGAGGAGACGAGUCCUGAAAUCUAAAACCUUUGUAGACGAUGAAGGAUGCAUUGUGACAGAGAAAGGCUACGAGAGUGAGUCGUACUCUGAGUCAGAAGACGACUUUAAGGCCACCAAACAAGCUGCGAGGAAUCCCAUCCCAGCAAAACUCCCAGCGAGUAACAGAGAGGACCAGAAGAAGAAGAAAAUAUCUGCGAACGCAAAUAAAGGAUCUAAACAAGCGUCCAUUAUGGGAUUUUUCCAAAAGAAAUGAGAGAAGACGGAGUCAGAACCUUUGUACAAAGACACAACAAACACAGACUGUCGGGAUCUUAGCUGACUCUCAACUGUUACACGUUACGUAGUCGUGUCCAGUUCAAGUUUUUGAAUUUUACCAUUAUCAGUUUAAAAUGUGAAUAAAUAUUGAUGGAAACUAAA